GUUUUCCGAAUGCACGUACUCUACAUAGCCUCCAACGUCCCAACCCGAUUCUCCAUUGCCGACUACCUAACGUGGCGCGGCCGCGGCGGCUUCCCCACACAUGAUCGGCAUCUCGGUCGUCGCGUCGCCCUCGUGUGCCUUACAUGAACCGAACCUCGGCAUGUCUUAUCACUAUGUGACAUCCCCCACAGCCUGCCACUUCCACACCUCCUCGACUUCAUCACAACUACAGCAAAAAUGGCCGGCCCAAUACGUCAACCCAUCGACAUUCCAGCGCUCGAGCGAUACCUGGCCGCAAAAACCUACAUCCAAGCCCCUCUGGACGUCAAGCAGUUCGGCUACGGCCAAUCGAACCCCACAUAUCUCCUGACGGCCUCCAACGGCGCGCAAUACGUCCUGCGCAAGAAGCCUCCCGGAAAGCUUCUGAACCCAACCGCACACGCCGUCGAGCGCGAAUACCGGGUGCUAGCAGCGCUCUCGCCCACUCCGGUCCCGGCUCCCAAAGCCAUAAUCCUAUGCGAGGACUCGACGGUGCUCGACACGCCGUUCUACGUGAUGGAGUUCGUCGCUGGGCGGAUCUUCUCCAACCCGUCGAUCCCGGGAGUCUCACCCGCCGACCGCAAGGCGAUGUGGAACUCGGCGCUGACGACACUGGCGCUGUUGCACCAGACCGAUUUCCGCGACGUUAGCCUGGAGGGCUACGGUAAGCCCAGCGGCUUCUACACGCGCCAGAUCCGGACUCUAGCAACGAUCAGCGCGGCGCAGGGCGCCGCCCGCGAUAUCGACACCGGCGCAGAAGUCGGCCCGAUCCCGAAUUUCGCCGAGAACAUGGAGUACUUCUCGAAAACCCUGCCCGAGGACCGCACCGUCAUCAUCCAUGGCGACUACAAGAUCGACAACCUGAUUUUCCACCCCACCGAGCCGCGCGUCGUCGGAAUCCUCGACUGGGAAUUGUCCACGCUGGGACAUCCGCUUAGCGACCUGUGCAAUCUGCUCUCCCCUUUCCUGUUCGCGACGAAUCCGGAAGCGAGCUUGUCGCCGGGCGCCACGGACUUUUUGCCGGGAAAGACCCCGGGCCUGCCGAGUAGGGAGGAGGCGGUCAAGGUCUAUGAGCAAGCUGUGGGGUGGAAGGUGCACGGACAGAAUUGGGGGCUUGCGUUCAUGCUCUGUAGAAACUCGGUGAUCACACAGGGGAUCUCGGCGCGGUUUGCCAGGAGGCAGGCAAGUAGUGAGAAUGCCGGGGCAUACGAGAAGCUUACGCCGAAGUUGGCGGCGUUGGCUACGAAACUUGUCCAGGAGGAUCGAGAGGAGAGGGCAGGUGGGAAGACGGCGAAGUUGUAACGAUGGAAUUUGAGAUGGAUACCCGGGGUGCGGUCUACGUAUAAAUCACGAUUACAAAUAUUUCGUUUCCUUCUUCCUUCGGGCCAUCCGUAAUUCAUGUAGAACUGCGGGUGAAUAUCCCUACCGCUCAACG